AUCUUGUCCUCUUUCCUGUGUCCCUAUCUCAUUUUCAUCUCCUUUUUAGACCCUUCACACUUUCCCUUUUGUCCUCUGCAUUUUGUUUCCUUCAUUCUUCUUCUAACCUUAUACUGCUUUUCUACUUAUUCUCUCCUGUGGUCUCCUUAGCCUCUUCCCCAUUUACCCCUCCCGCACCUUCCUCCCGCCCUUAUCUUUGCUCAUUUUCUAACUACUUGCUUCCUAUUAUGCCCCAUCUUUCUUUCCAUUUCCUCUCCUUACUUAUUCCGUGACACUUCUUCAUCUUCCCUACCUCUUUCCAUCACCUCUUCCUCACCCAUAUUGCUCCUUUUUUGUUUCCUCCUCUGUCUUGUGUUUAUGUUUUCAGUUCCUGAAAGUCAAGUCAGCAUGCGCCACUCCUCCUGCUGCUCUCGUAAUCACACUCAUUCUCAGCCCUCCCCAUUCCCCAGUGCCCUCCUCUCUCUCACACUCUGUGUAUAUCCCAUUCGGCCACUUUCCGCAUUAACUCCUAGUCGUCAGUUUCAUUCAGCUCAGAGCUGAUAUGCGGCUGUUUCUCUGAUCAAAGUCUGUAUACAAGGAGGCUCAGAAAUCUGGAGGACCACCUGUUGCAUUUUGAUUGAAAGACGCCCCAAUACAGGGGGAUCACACGUGGGCCACCAUGUUGGGACAGAGCGUGCGGUUACAGCCAGUUCCCAUCCAGAGCCUAUCGGAGCUGGAGCGAGCCAGGUUACAGGAAGUCGCUUUGUACCACCUGGAGGAGAGGGACCUGGACUUCAAGAUCAGCAUCCCUAAAGAAACUCACAAGCGAAGAAAAUCUCUGCGCAGGAAGUUUGACUCCUUUUCAAAGGAAAAAAAAGAGCGAGAAUCGGCUCCCAAGGCCUUUGGUAUCCCGCUCUCCCAGGUCAUCGCCAACGACCGGGCCUACAAGCGGCGGCAGGAUGCUCUGAAGGAGAGCAGGCGCGACUGCCUCGACCUGGAGGCGAGCGUCCUGCGAUUCAGGGCGGAGAAGCGUCAGUUCUUCAAUGGGAGCAGACCUCUGGUCAGCUCCUCGUCCAUCACAGGAGGAGGUCCGGGCUCGCCGUCUGCUAACUCUGUGGCACCGGCGCCAAUUUCUGACCCUCAGAACAAACCGCUGUCACCCACGUUUCUGGAUAACACCGGACGAGGACAGAGAAGGGGUGGUCUAUCAGUGGACUCGAUCUCUGACCUUGUAGAGAGUCAGUCUCGCCUGCUUGAAGCGCUGCAGCUUUCCCACCCGGCUGAACUGGAAUUGAUCAAGUCUCCGGGUGGCAGCUCGUCGGAGGGGAGGACCCAAACCAAGCUCAGCCUCAACCCCAUCUACAGACAGGUGCCUCGGGUGCUGGAGAGGUGCUGCAGUCACAUCGAGACCUAUGGUCUUCAGACUGUGGGUAUCUUCCGAGUCGGCAGCUCCAAGAAGAGAGUGAGACAGCUACGGGAGGACUUUGACGUGGGCGUUGACGUCCAGCUGGAUGAGGAGCACAGUGUCCACGAUGUGGCAGCACUGCUCAAAGAGUUUCUGAGGGACAUGCCGGAUCCUCUGCUGCCCAGAGAGCUCUACCCCGCCUUCCUGCAUGCCAAUUUUCUGAGAGGAGCAGACCAGCUGCAGUACCUCCAGCACCUCCUCUACCUGCUGCCUCCCUGUAACUGCGACACACUGCUGCGUCUCCUCACCUUGUUACACACCGUGCAGAGCUUCGCACAGGACAGCAUAGGAACCAACGACGAGGAGAUCCCCGGAAACAAGAUGACGGCCGCUAACCUGGCCGUGAUCUUCGGGCCGAACCUGCUUCAGAAGGAGCGUGGGGGAGACGUGAGCCCGCAGGUGAUGGGCAUCGAGGACAGCACGGCGAUCAUCAGCGUCACACUGAUGCUCAUACAGAACCACAGGAGACUCUUCACGGUCUCUGCAGAGCUGCAGCAGGAGGUCCUGAUGAGUCUGAUCCAGACCGACCCGGACAUCAUCGACUACCUGCUGCGUAGGAAACUCAGCGGCAGUCACCUGACGGUGGAGAGCGGCAGCGAGUCCACGGGUCGCAGGGACACGGGGGCGUCUCUGGACUCAGUGGGAGCCUCCAGCGGCAGCCUGUCCCCACUGGAGCCCCCGUCACCGCUUUUCCCCCCGGAUGGGAGCGGCGGUGAUGGCAGCCUGACCAGCGAGGUCUUCCUGAACGUCCUCAAACUGAACCAGAACAGGAAGCGGCAGGACACCAGAUACGGUGAGGUCCCUCCUGGUAAAUCCAUCCGCCACAUGCGUCAGUUCCACUCCCACCACAACCUGCUCAGCCUAUCCCAGUCCUCCUUCUCUUCCUCGUCCUUGUCCUCCACCCCCAGGCUCAACGCUCAGGACUCGGAUGCCCAGGACCGUCGAGGCCCGGGUCUGAGCUCCGCGCUGAGCUUCUCUCUGAGCUCGAGUCUGAGCGGCUCGACCGAGAACAGCAUCUGGGUGAGGCAGACGCCGCAGGAGGAGAGCAAGCCGUCGCCGAUCACUAAUUUCUGGGACUUCUUCACUGGGAAAGGUUCGGGCUCAGAGACGAUGGUAUGAUGAAGGGAGAGGAGAGAAACAACCGGUCAAGUUCCAGAUUCACUUAAAGAGACGCUUACUGGUGUAAAUAAUACAGGUCUCUCCCUGACAUUCCCACUUGACCUCAUAACCGUCCUGCUGUGGGUUUUCCAAGCUGGAAGUUGGAAUUUCCCACAUUUUUUGGCCCCUCUUGAACUCAGCAUGGGUAUGAAUGAAAACUAGAAGAAAUGAAGGACACAAACUUCUCAGACACAAAAAAACGAAGGAAGAAUAAAUCAGUGAGAUUACCUGAAGGUGGAUCCACUAAUAAAAACAUGUACAGGAUGGAUUCAUAUUUUAAACCCUGUUUCUACAACUGCAUCUUCUGACACUCAGUGUACAGAAACCAUACCAGGCAUACUCCGUUUGUUUGUUUUUUCCUGCAACCUGCACUAAGCUGCUUUUGCAAAUGUGGUGUAGCUGCUUAACAUUCAGUAAUGAUCUCAAACACCCGCAAAGUGUGUUUCCCCAAUGAGCACUGCAGGGCAAAAAGCUCAGUGUGAUUGCAUCUGCAGUAAAUUUGGUUAAAAUGUCGAUUAUUAUACCUGAAUAUGUAAUUAGGAUGUUUCACAUUGAAUCUGUGCCCCUGAAAAUGGUUAAAUAGCUAAAAAAUGUACAUAAAAAAGGCAUUUCGAGAAGGUUUUCACCUAUAAAUCAGCCCUUAAAGCUGCAGCAGGCGGCUUUUGUUUCUCCCAUCAAUGGAGACAAAAAAACCCUUACAUACGCCUGUUCCCCCUCUGGGUUUUCAGGUUUUAGAAAGUAAAGUGCGGGACUUUGGCCAAACAUGAGUGUUUGCAAAACCAAACAACAACAAAAAAACCCUGAUCAUUGCCAUCAAAUCGUGCUAGGAGUGGUGUUUUAAGCAGCACAGGCAAGCUAAGCACAAAUAAAUAGAAAUAGUGGCAUUGGUGUCGCUCACUUACGGUAUGUAAGGCUAAGUAUAAAUUAAGAAGCCUGUGUAGGUUCCCAGUCGUCCAGUUCACGAUGGUCCAGUCACCUUCUGUUCAAGCUCUUAAGACUACAAAUUAAGAUCUAUGCCGAAGACUUUAACCUGGGAUAGUGGGGUUCAAACCCAAUAUGAAGCCAAAGCUCAGCACAGGUUUAUGUUUUAUGCUCUAAGAAGAACUCUGUUGGGUUGGACUUAAAACAAAGAGCCCCUGAUUUUGAGAGGACUGUUCUUUAUUUCUGCCUACUUCAGCUUUAAUGGUAAAUGUGUCAGUGUGAGUGGAGUCAGCCAAAGAUUGUCUUCUUUAGUUUAAAACAGUAAACUCUGUCUAUUAUUCUCUGACUUCACAUCCAUAUUUUAAUUCUAGAUUCUGCUUGAGUAGCUUUACAAAUCGUGCAGAUCUACUUCUGUCUGAAACAAGUAUUUUCAGUCCCCGUCUUGAGAAUGUGGCAUGACUGUGUCAUCCGGACUGUGUCCAAUGCACUUGGGAUCUGUUUCCUUUGAAAUGUUGCUUUAAAGAUGAAGACCAGGUCUGCAACCACUCACAGUCAGUUGCCGUCUUCAAAGCAAUGUUAGCUCAUCUAGGCAGCAAUAAGGCGGAGUCAGCCUGCUGUCAGUUUAGGGUUGAGAUUUGUGAUAAGAUGGCAACUAAUUAUAAUAAAUCUAUGAACAUUGCAAACCUGUUGCUGUCUAUAUAAGCAGAAAUUCUAAUUGACAUUAACUACUUACAUUCAGUGUCCAGCCGGAACCUCAAAGAUUUAGAUUUAAAGCAGAAAUUCCUCCACAAAUAAUGACGUAGUUGUUGCAGGACGGCAAUUUAACUGCAACAUCACAUAGUUGCUCAGCAACCAGGCUUUUAUAAAGGAAUAUAACCAGAAUACAUACAGCUGGAAACCAGAUGGUAAUCCAUCUGCAUUUAUAAAUAAAACUGCACUUAUUUGCAAACCUCUUCCAGUCAGUCAGGAAGGUUGCCUCCAAUUUUUUGUGCAGACCUUGAAAUCAAAUGGGUUUGAUUUGAAGUUGAGGAUGUUCAUUGCCCAACCUCUGGGUGACCAUUUGGUUGCUGCAACUUCCUGCAAUUGACAGCAAAAAAAAAGAUGCAAUCGUCUGGCAGCCAGUGAGAGGUUUCCAUUCCUGUUAGUAUGACUGAACCAUAAGGCAGGUGUGCCUGAGGUGAGUAUCAACCCUCACUGAUGUCAUACUGAUCCAAGGCUGAUUAGCUGGGGUUUUUUCAGGGAUUAUUUUUACAUACUAAUUAUACAUUUGAUUCGUUGGCCUUGGUGUCUGAAACGUUGGCUACUUUAACAGUAUGACAUCUAAAAUCUAAGAAGGUUUUCUUUUUUGUAUUUUAAAGCAGCUCAGAGGGACUCCUGCUAUUAUCAGCAGCACAUCACACUCACACCAGUUUGGUAAUAUGGAAGUCAAAAGAUUGAAAAUGGAGCCAACGCUGGUGGACUGAUCAGAAGUUUCUUUUAUAUAAUGAAAGUUUACUUGUAAUCACUACAAGUUGUGUUGCCUUUGAGUUGUAAGCAGUUCUUUUCACAGAUUGAGUCACUUUAAGUUCCCCACUUGUAAAUAGCAAUGAAGUCUAUCCAGAAUUCACCAACUUUUGGUAUACUGCAUUUUUUGUAAACCAGAUUUAACAUUACUGUACCUCCAUAUGUCACAUCAUAUCAGUACAGAGAUGUGUUCCCAACCAAGUCCUAACAUCUCCUCUUAAUACCAACAUAAUGUGAUGCACUGAGCGGCCCAGUAAAAGCUGCUUUUCUUAUUUCUUCGAUCAGAGAGGAGAAGCAGCCCUUCAAACUUGUCUGUGGAAGCUUGUUUGUGCCACUAUAAAAGAAAAUGCCAUCCAUAUGUCAAUAAAGUAUAACCCUCGCUUACCAAUAAUUGCUAUAUUGCUAAUUGUUACAUUUUAUUCAUUUGUGGAACUUCUUCCUUUAAGGCACCAGGUGUCCAUCUCGCAAUUUUGGGUUAUCAUCACAAACCCUACCUACUAACUCUAUCAUCUAAAACAAUAGUGUUUUCAGUGUUUCAAGUCAUUUACUCGAUAUCAAGUUUAAAAAUGUUGAUAUAUGGUUAACAAAAAUGUUUUUGUUGGGGGUUUUUUUUCUGUCACAAACAAGCUUCCAUAUAUGCUACAUCUUUCGGACACAAACAUUCUGACUUGCAUCAAACCCGUGUAUAAAUGCAUCCAUGCCUGCUUUAAAGGUUAUUAUGAUGUGUUAAAAUUCAUUAAACCAACAGGAAAGUACAAAGAUCCGUCUUCAGCAAGAUUUCACAGGUGUUGUUGCCCUUUUUACCACAAGAGGGCGAUAUUUGCCAAUUCAUUGCAAACGUUAACAUCGCCAACAUACAUGGUUUUUCCUACAGUCUGUGCGCACACUCAGUGUACAGACAAACAAAAUAGGUUUGGGAAUAGUGCCAAACAACUAGCAACUUGUUGUACAAAGAUAUAUAUUUUUGUUGUCGUUUUUGUAUCCGGUUCUGAUUUCUGGACUUGUGCACUCCGUCCUUCACCCUCAGCAGGUGAAUGUAUCAUUUUUUUUUCUGUCCCUGUAAAAGAAACGAGGCAUUUCUUUUUCUGUAUUGUUGUAAAAUCCAUCAGUGUUUGUGUGAACCUGCUGUUUGAGAAUGUACCACCUACCUGCAGAGAAUUAAAUGUCAAACUGCC